AUGUCACAGCAGUUGGAAUUGGUUCUGGAGACCUGGAACAAGGACCUUGGUCCAGUUGAGCCGAGUCACACUGCAGUGGUUUGCCGCAGCCUCGCCGACCUUCAAGAUUACAAUUCACCAAGCGCGCCUGCAGCUCUGUUGAAGUGCUGUGUCCUUUGCUGCGGCAUCGUGUCCCUAGGGACCGGCACACUGCAGCAGCAGCUGCGAAGUGCAGGAGGCCGACGGCCUGUGCCGGACAUCCUCUCUGGUCUUUACCGCGCAUCCCUCGAAGCUCCAGAGGCUUUCCAGGCAGAGUUUGAGGCAACCACCUCUCGCGUGCUGUCGAUUCUCGAGAGUUUCCCACUGAAGCGAGACGAACUCGAGACGGCUCAAGGCGAAAAUGCCUUGCACUUUGCUGCCGGAUGUGGCAGCCUUGAGGUCUGUCAGGCCUUGUUGGAACGCCAUCCAGAUCUCAUCCAUCAGGAAGACACCCAUGGCCACACACCACUCUUCUGGGCAGUUCGCCACGGAUUGGCUGGGGCUACGCAGCUGCUCAUCAGGAAAGGCGCGGCAUCCUGGCAUUGCGACAAGCGUGGCCUUACAGCCUUGCACUGGGCCGCCGCAUUGGGUUUUGCAAGGCUAUGUGGAAUGCUGGUCGACGUUCCCGCAGCUGCAGCUCUGAAGAAUCAGCGCUGCAGCAGGGGAUGGACUCCUCUGCAUUCCUCGGCUUACGGUGGUUCAGCCGAGUGCUGCACGACACUGCUCGAUGCCAAAGCAGAUGUCGGACAACGCACACCUCAGGAGUGGACCGCGCUGCAUCUUGCUGCCGUCAAGGGGCACAUCGAGGUGCUUGAGGUUCUCUUGCCUCACUGCUCCACUGAAAUGAUUUUGGCACUGGACCGUCAUGGGUGCAGUGCCAAGGACCUUGCGGAGGAGGCUGGAGAACAUCAGGCUGAGGCCAUGCUUCAGCAGGAGACUCAUCGGCAGUUGAUGCGCUCGUGGAACCCAUGCUCUCAAAAGCAGCCAGAGGUCAAGCUGUCGGAUUUGCUGGCGGCUGCGCUGUGCAUCCAGGCUCCGGUCCUCGAAAAAGUGGGUCGUGAUGCGGUGGAACUCAGCUGCCAUAUCGUGGACCUUCAGUUCAGAGUCAGUGGCUAUGUCGUGGAGGUGAAGCACUGUGGUGGCCCAGAUGGUGCAGCACCGGCUCGGGUCUACUAUGCCCGGACCGUGGAACAGCGCAAGGUGGAGUUCGUGGAGUUCCUGGUGCCCCGCAUGAGAUCAAGCGGACAAGCCGUGUGGCAGCGAGGGGAGAGAUACAAGUUUCGUAUACGCGGUUGCUGUGAACGGCGCUUGGCUCCAGAACCUGGCGCACCUCGACAGGUGAUUUCUGACUGGUCGAUUGCUGCGUGUGGCUUGCGGCUCGCAACAUGGAGUUCCUUGCCACAGGGAAGCGGCCUGGGCAGCUCUUCCGUUUUGGCGGCCGCGGCGGUCAAGGCCUUGAUGGCAGCUUUCGGUUUGGACAUGGAUGCGGAAUCUCUCAUCCAUGCGGUUCAGAAUGUCGAGCAGAUGCUGACCACGGGUGGAGGCUGGCAAGACCAGGUUGGUGCGAUUCUGGGUGGUGCAAAGCUCACGCGCAGCAAAGCCUCGCUACCACUGAGAGUCUUGCCGGAGCAGCUACCACUGCAGCCCUCAUUUUCAGAAGAAUUCGAAUCGCGCCUCUUGUUGAUAUUCACUGGCCGGCCACGUUUGGCAAAGCAUUUGCUGCAGAAUGUAAUCCGUCGAUGGUUCAGCCGCGUACCGGAGAUCUGUGAGACCGUCAAAGGUCUGGUCGACAACGCGCAGGACUGCGCAGAGGCCAUUCGAGCCGGCGAUGUCGAAGAGGUUGGCCGGUGUCUGUCGCGGUAUUGGGCCCAGAAGCAAGUGAUGGCUGCUGGCUGCGAGCCACGGCCGGUUGGGCAGCUGCGGAAAAUCUUGGAGGCUGACCUACUAGGUUUCUCCUUAGCUGGUGCUGGGGGCGGUGGCUUCGGAACUCUUUUGAUGCGCAAACCUUCAGCCAAAGAGAGGGUGCAGCAGGCACUGGGCCAGUGUCCGGGCUUGGAGGACGCCUAUGUCUGCGAAGCAACGAUCGAUCAUGUGGGCAUGGAGUUGGCCUUGGAUUCUGUUUUCGAGACGACCUCCCUGCUGCCGGAUGCAGCGUUAGCAGAUGUUGUUGGUGCCCUGGGCCGCAACUUGAGGCCAUCCAGGUUCGUGCGAUCGCUGCUAUAG